AUGAAUUUGAGGAUAGAUUUGACGUUUUUGGAGCGAUUCAACAGCUAUUAUAACACGGAUUCGCGUAAAAGCGGUUCCCAAACGAGUCUCGACUUCAAUUUAGACAUCGAAACGAAUCGCCUGAAUGUCGAGCUUUUGUUUCCCAUACCAGACCUCAGACCGUACGACGAGAGGACGCCAUCGCAGCUCAGGGAUGAGUCGCUUCUUCUCAAACUGACAAACUCUGCGAUCAAUAUCAACGCAAACGGCGGCGAAAUCCGGUGCAAGUGCUUCGGCCUCGACUUCAAAGUGGACAACGAUUUUGUGAAUAUAAUUAACGGCCAAUCGAUGAACUCGGAGGACAUCCGCCUGAAGGCCAGGUUUGGGCUCAACUCAGCGCUCAACACAACCCUCGACGAGGACGAUGUGAACGCUCUGUUUGAGGCCGAUAUGGAGGACUCGAUAUACGUGGGACAGACGGCCCCACAGCAGGUGACCGAACCGUUUCAAGUGAAACGGAAGGUCAUCGGCAGGGAUGCCAAUGAGAACGAACAGGUGUUGACGCCCGGCGACAGGGAGCACAUGAAGACCUACUUCGACACGUCUGUCGCCUCCUCUCAGAUCCAUUUGGAGCUCUUCGUGCCGUCCGUUGACAUCCAUUUCCAGAACAAAGAGCAGUUGGAACUCCUCUACAACCGAAUCGGCAAUGAUUUGAUUCUAUGGACUCCUUUCGCACAGCAGUCGUCCGACGCGACGGCAGGCAAAGAGCCAACGAUAGCACAAAACCCGACGUUCUUCAGCAUAAAGACGAUGAGUGACUCGUCGUCCACGAACUCGUCGUUCCACUCGUUCAACGGCUCUCCGCAAGCGAAUCGUCUGAAUUUCAUGACACUCGGCAUUAACGUGAAUGACGUGACUCUCAGGAUGAGCUCCAAAGAGGAGGUGACGCAAGAGAUCUUCGCCCAGAAUCUGAUGUUUGGACUCGUGGUGAGCGACAAGAGCGAGGCGAACAGUACGCUGUGUCUGUGCGCCGAGAAUAUGUCGUUCAAGUCGGACGGCGCGGUCGUCAUCAGCGGUAACAUCUAUAACGAGCCGAACUGUGCCUUCAAUCUGGCGGUCGAUAUAAAGAGAGAAAACGAUUCGUUAAAAAAGAUUAAAAUCGCGCUUCAGUUGAGUAGCGCCGCCAUGUAUGAGAUCCCGAUCCCGGUGUUCGACCAGUUCUGGCGCUUCAUUAACCUGACGGACGAAGUGGUGAUCGGCUAUACGCCGCCCAAAGUGAUCACCGAAUUGCACAUCGAUUUGCUGGACAGCGCCGUCGCGUUGGAGACGCUGGGCUCCCGACCCGCGCUCAUCACGUUUGAGGACAUUUACGUCACAUCAAUGGUCGUCGAGAACACCAACGAAACACUUCUGCGGAUCUUCGCCGAAGACACGCUCUUCUGCUUCAAACGAAACAAGAGUUUAAUCGAAGCGAUGAAGAGCUAUAUAUGUGUCGUCGAGACGGGUAUUAUUGACUUGAAUCUGAAGCUCGCAAAAGAUGGUAAACUGGAGUUCAAGGUAUCGAAUAACGCGAUCGACAUCAGAGUGUGCGCCGACUCGUUCUCGGCGUUGUGUCACAUCAUUAGUUCCCUGACGUCGAGUUCGACCAACAAUAAUGACAUCGAGAGCACCGAUCCGGACAAUAGUGUGUUUGAGAAGACAUUCGAUGGGAAGCUAAUGGAGGACGCGAUGGGAGACAACGAAGAGGUGGUGAUGACGAGUGAGGACAGCGACGACGAGUUGCCGCCAAAGUUCUGCACCAAUUGCGACAGCCCUCAGAUGGAUGAGAGCGGGUUCUGGGUGUUGGGCGCCGACGACUUGGGCACCGGCAUCAAGAUGACGGCCGAACCGCAGAUCCGUUUUCUCACAGAGGAUACCAUUACUGUGAUUGAGAACCACUUCAACAUUAGCCGUCAGCGCAUAAUACCGGACAUCAGUCCCGCGUCGUUGAGUCGAUACUUCUUGGAGGAAAUGACACUAAUCUUACACUUAUAUGACGGCAAAGACUUCGACGACGACCUCCCGAGCGACAGCCCUAUCGACAAACGCACCGACGAUACGAAGAGCUAUAAGAGCUAUAAAUCAAACAAAACGUAUCACUCGAAUGAGCCGCGCGUCCGCUUCACGGAUGGCUCGGUGCACAUGUGGGAGAACAUAGACCUCGAGUCGGCGCACCUGCCGCUCAGGGGCGCCCACUCUAACCACAACGCCAGGGCUUCCAAUUCGUUCAAAUCGAUGGGUGGACUGAAGCGCCAGAACGACACCUGUGUCUCCAUAUGCCUGAACAAAGUGAAGACACUGUUCGAGAACUUCGAGCCGGAGUUCCCGCUGUCGUGGAGGUUCGUCUUCAUGGUCCAGGACUUCGAGAUCAUCGACAAAGUGAUCGCCUCGAAGAUCAAGAAAAUGCUGUACGAGUACUACUCGGAGAGUAUGCCGCGCAGGAAACACGUGAACAUGAUCUCCAUCAGAGCCACGGCUUUCAAGAACGUGGACAACAAGGAGGAGUGCGAACUCAAGGUCUCCGUGAAGCCCCUGAGGGUCAACAUAGAUCAGGACACUCUGCUAUUCAUCGGCACCUUCUUCACGACCGUCAUCGAGACCAUGAGCUCAGAGGACACGCAGAUUACGCUCAAUACGAUGGUCGACGAGACGCUGCCGUCGUUUAGCGAUACGUGUAGUAACGCGUCGGAGAUGACCACAAAGACAGUGGCGUCGACCGUCUCGACCAAUACAGUGGUGAUGAGGAACAACGACGACGCGAAUAAACUGUACUUCCGUUUGCUGUCGUUCUCGCCCGACGUUCCCAUAAGUCUCGACUAUCACGGAAAGCAUGUGGACUUCGAUCGAGGCGCACUCCAGGGCCUGUUCUUAGGGUUGGCUCAACUCAAUCAAAGUGAGCUCCGACUGAAGCGCUUGCAUAACAAACACGGAUUACUUGGUUUCGAUAAAGUCUUGUCGUACGUACUGAACGAGUGGACCAAAGAUAUCAAACGAAAUCAAUUGCCGUCUCUGUUGGGAGGGGUCGGACCGAUGCAUAGCUUUAUUCAGUUGUUUCAAGGGAUCCGUGACUUGGUUUGGAUGCCUAUCGAUCAGUACCGACGCGACCGUCGUCUCGUUCGCGGCCUCCAAAGGGGCGCCCAUUCCUUCUCGGCGUCCACAGCGAUGGCAACACUGGAUUUGGCCAAUCGGUUCGUAUCGCUCAUCCAAACGGCCGCUCAAUUCGCGCACGACGUGGUCACGCCUCCCACUCCCGGGCACAGGCAGUCCACUGUCGUGGCGCUCAACGCGCAGCCCCGAGAUCUGCGAGAAGGCAUUUCCGUGGGCUACGCGUACGUGCGGGAAGGCCUACACGACGCCGUCAGAGAUAUGGUGACCGCGAGUAUAGGCGCUGAGGAUAUCCCGUCGGCGGUGGGCGGUGUCGUGCGGAACAUACCGUCGAGUAUAGUGCGGCCCAUCAUCGGCGUCACUCAGGGGGCGUCCAACGUGUUGGUGGGAAUGCGCAACCAAUUGACACCUGAGGCCCGAAAGGAUGAUCACGAGAAGUGGAAGAAUGCGUCCGAGAGAUGAGACAAUAGUGUCAUUGAGUUGACGCCCAUUUCCCUGUUUAUCUGAUUGUUAUGUUUUGGACUUUCUAUUAAUUUCUGUGCGAUUAAUAAUGUAAUUAUUGAAGUAAUAACUGAAUUGGUUUUAAAAACAAAGGAUCUUUAAAGAAAUUUAAGUAUUUCCAGUCAUUAAUACAGUUUUAAUUAUAUAUAAGUUUUUGAAUAAUGCAUAUUAUUAUUAUGAAACAAUUAUGAAAUCAUAAGUUUUUGUAUUUAUAUUUCAAACAAAUCGGAC